AUGUCCAAAGCAUCUCUCGUCGCCCUGAGCGAGGAACUCAGUCCGUAUAUUGAAGGGCAAACAACAAACAUGAGGGCACCAAUUACUACACUCAAAAGGGUUGCGUUAACUCUGUAUUAUUUGAGCGACGAGGGACGGCUAAGGAAGACUGCUAACGCCUUCGGCGUGUCGCGACAGGCUGUGUCUGUUGUUGUCAGGCAAACUUGCAAAGCGAUCGCUGUCCACCUGGGUCCAAAGUACAUUAAGUUGCCUUUUAUGGAGUCCGAGGCCGAGGAUCUGGUUUUGCGUUUCCAUCGUGCUCAUGGCAUGCCACAGUGUUUGGGAGCGGUCGACGGCACACACAUAGAAAUCAAGCAGCCGUCUACCAACUCAAUGGACUACAUCAACAGGAAAGGCAAACAUUCUCUCAAUGUACAGGCGGUCUGUGAUUAUAAGUACAGAUUUAUGGCUGUUGUGAUAAAGUGGCCCGGGAGUGUACACGAUGCACGGGUUUUUGCUAAUUCAAAGCUUAACCUGUACUUUAAGACUGGCCAGAUCCCUCCUCUGAAAAAACAGAUUGUGGACAACGAGGAGGACAUACCAAUUUAUCUUCUUGGUGACCCAGCCUACCCUCUGCUGCCUUACUUGAUGAAGGAAUAUGCAAACGGUGGCUCCACACCUCAAGAACAGUACUUUGGGCUAAGUUUGUGUAGGGCACGGAUGGUCAUUGAGUGUGCUUUUGGUCGUCUCAAAGCCAGAUUUGCUGCACUGAAAAGGCCUAUGGACAUCAACUUGAAGGACCUGCCCUUUGUCAUUUAUGCCUGCUUUGUUCUCCACAAUUUUUGUGAAAACUGUAAGGAGACUGUGGCUGAACACACUGUGUUGGGAACGAUGCAAGGUGAUAAAGACUUACAGCCUCCUACACAGUGCAACAACUACCUCACAGACUGUAAUGAAGGAGAAGGAAAGAGAGUGAGGAGAGUACUCACAAAGUACCUUGACCCUUAA